AUGCUGACACUCACUAAUACCUACCUCCACAUAUUGCCUCUUACACUCUCACAGCAUGCUGCUUUGGAACAUCCUUGCCUGGAAUAUAAAGUUGCUUUACUACCUGAGGAGAAAUUACGAUCGUCGAGGAAAGUGACCGAAAUACUAAUACUGAUUCAGGGACCGUGGUUCUUGUCUCAUACCGGAAGGCAUAGCCCUUUUGAAGCCUUUACAACUGCUCACUCCAACUCCUCGAGCUCUUUGCUACCGCAAGUAUAUCAAGAGAUGCCGAUCAAGCCUAUCGCUCUCGUCCGGCCACAAAUCAACCGUAUCUUCGGCGAUUUGAUAAAGCAUCAUCCUAUCUUCCAGCCUCUACUCGAAUGCCCCGUGCUCAUAAUCUGCAGUUUUCACAAGCAAGCUUCUGUUCGGGGGUUUGUCUCUCUUUAUGAAUGGAAUGCGGACGCUAUAUUAGGAGUUGAAAGUCCGUAUCCGGCCUCACUGACCAGCAGAUUGUACGGAAUCGCUGAGUGCACAAGGCCAGGUCAGCUUGAAAUCCGUGGGUAUGAUAGAAAGAGGCUGAAACUAAACUUAGCUCCUCUCGUCAUGUCUCGCUGUAUUCGAGUUCGCGUGCAGAGAACUGACGUCUUGGACGAAGGAGAAGGGAUGACGGAUAACAGCACGCAGUCGAGACUCCACAAUGCGUUGGCCGCCAGCAUCCACCAAAUUUCUACGUACCUGCUACCUCAGUCUCCACCCUCUUCACGCAGAUCCGAGUUUCGGUACACGCUGCUUUGCGGCUUCAACGCUAGCUGCACGCCAAGCCCAUACUUCACCUUUCUACAACGGCCAGCCAUUACAAGCGAGGUGAGCUUGACGGUAGGUCUGUACGGAUUUUCAACUUCUCAGCAUCAUGUAUCCGUUCGACAGCAUCAUCAACAUCAUCACGCAAGGAGAAAUUCGAAGAUGGAUGACAACGAACCACAAGCAUACCACCUCCCUGUCCCAUCCUCUGGCACGCUGGCCGUGCUAAGACAUUACCACUUGGACGUCGUCGACGCCGCAAUCUCCGCCUUUGAGCAGCUCAGCUCAGCGAACGAGGGCAAAGCAGCCAAGUUGAAAGACUGGCUCGCUCGUUUUGCCUCGCUCGUUGAGAGGGACAAGCACCGCACCGUGAGAGAAACCUUCUUGACCACCUACCUCCUUCGACACUUUACUAACUCACCGUGCGUCCAGAUUCCCAGCGACGAUACCACACUUUGCCUGAAAAAUGGCAUAAAACUCCUCAGCGAAACUUUCUUCCUCGCCGCGAUAGCUGACGUUCCGAUCACCUGGAACAACGACAUCGACGCUCGAGGCGAGACCAGCUACUACGGCAACGAGAUCGAAGUCGAGAUCAGAUUCCUACGACAGCAGGCCGAGAAGCCUCUGCACAUCCGUCUCGUGGAAACUCUGGUGCACGAGUGCGUGCAUGUGCUUCUCGGAAAAUUCACAUGCAAUGCCAGAUUCUGUGAAGAGGAUGAUUGCAUCGCAUCUAAACGCUUCGAAGUUGGGGUAUAUGGCUCUGAGCAUGGACUCGCGUUCCAGAAACUCGUGAAGAAGAUUGAGGGGGAGAGUGAGAGGUUUUUGGGGGUAAGAUUGGACUUGCAUAGGGAGUUUGCUGCGCGGGGAGAGGAUGUGUUUCUCACACCAUCGAUGAUUGGAAGGUUUUUCGACGGCGUUGAUCCGCGGACAGGUGCUCGACGAGUGAAGUACCGCAUACCUGACUCAACCUCCCGAAAUCUCCUUCUUUUCUUCUUCUUCUCAAUUGUACUUUCUCUGCCCUCGAAUCGAAAGGCGGUGAUUCAAGUGACAGAUCUCCACAACAUCAACAACCUCCACGACAAUUCGGUAGGCAGCGGCAUGGAAGUAAUCCCACGGUAA